UAUAGCAACAGUAGCAGCACGGACGGACAAUUUUCAACACCAAAUUAUCCGGGUUUGUAUCCGCGCGCAACGGAAUGUGAGUUUUUAUUCUUCGGUCGGAGCAAUGAAAGAGUAGAAAUUGAUUUUCUGCACUUCAAUAAACACUAUCAUUUCUACAACAAAUACGAUCAAACUCUUCGACUUUGUGGUUCAGAAUCUAACCUACGUCUGGCCAUCUCCAGUUUGAGGUCAAGGACAUUUCAAAAGCUGAAAAGCAGAACAUCUCUGACGUCAUUAAUUUCUGAAAGCAAUUUUUUAAAAGUGUUUUUCAAAUCGGAUGACGAGUAUGAUGCAACGGGAUUCUUAGCUACUUAUAAAUUCGUCAACUCAAAACCUGGUAAGCAUACAAUUUUUUACAUAUUUUACAUAUAG